UCGUCCUACGUGAACAGUACGUUCAUCGAUUUUACAGCUUUUAUUUUAGACUAAUGUUUUUCUCAUAUUGAGUAACGGCUAUGCGACAUACGUGAUCAAUGCGCAAAUGUAAUCUAAUUGAACAAAGUGGUGAGAAUCAUUUUUACUUCGUUUGGAUAAUAGUUGAAACUACAUAGAUUAGACAUAUACAGCGAAAGAUUUUGGUUGAAAAAUGUUUUUCAUAUUCGAAUACCGCGCUAAAAGUUGUGAUUUAAAAUCUUUGGUAGAAACCAAUCGGAUUCGCUGUGCGUACGAGUAACGUAUUAAUAUUACGGGUGGUAGAACGUGGUAGAACUUUUCCUCGGUAAAUUGGAUCUUUUUAAAUUGGAUUGUCAUAAUCGUCCAUUGAUAUAAAGCGGAUUCCAUAUUUUUAUUAAAGGGAAAAAUGAAGUAACAGGUAAAAUACAUCUUCUUUGUAAGGUAUUUAUUGUAACAUUCAAUAAUACGUAGAUAAUCGUAAAUUUGUGUUUCAUUCAUAAACAAUAUUAUAUAAUUAUAAUAUAUGAAAUAUUGAGGCAAACAUUAUUCUUAAAUAUAACGAUAGCAAUAAUAUUGCGAUAUUUUGCAAUUAUUAUAGGAUUAUCUUGGAAAGAUUCGCAAGUAUCUUAUUCGCGGCACCGUAAGUAAGGGAUCGGUCCUUGGUCGGCAAAGAUUUAGUAGCACCAUCUAUACGUAAUAAUACGUAAUAACGCUCUCCGUAUCUUCCAUUCGUGUAGGUUUAUAAAUAUAUACUUGAAAAAUAAUAUUCUUCUAAUAACGAUAAUUUCGGAUAAUUUUUAAAUUAAUUUAUUAAACGAACGUAAUAGAUCGAUCGAUCGAUAAUAAAAUACGUACUACGUACAUAUGUAGGUGCAUUAAAUUAAUAACGCGUAUAUGUAAUGUGACAGCGCACGGAUCUGAAAUGGAGGAAUUAUUUCAAUUGAAGUCAGAAAAUCUGGAUCACUUGUUGCCACGAAUAAAAGGUAACUUGAUGUCGCCGAAGGAAAAAUCGCAAAUGUCUGCGCUCGAACAACUGACGAUCCUUUUAAAAUCUCAAGUACAUCACGCCGUUCGAAGUAGCGUUUUUACGAAGCUCAUCAAAUUCGACAUAAUUUCGAGUCUGUGUGACGUUUUAAAGACUUUUCGGGAACCGCUUAUAACUUCCGCUCUCGAGUGUUUGGCUUUAGCGAGCGAACAUCGAAAGUUUUACGAAAGUCAGGUCGCCGCGGAAGCCGUGAGCUCUUUGCUUCGUCUUGCGCAUUACAUUGGAAUGUCGACGGACGUAGAAACAUGUCCUUCUUUGGAAAGGCUCCUUCGUGCUAUUCGCAAUAUAUUGUUCAACGGCAAAAAAUUAGGUAUCGAAGUCGAUAACGUAUGCGCCAUCAAUCAAAUAUUUUCCUUUAUCAAGGACUUGAGCCAAAAAUGCUUAUCCUAUGUAUUAAGGUUCACGAUUGUCGACAUUUUAAAUGUCCUACUCGAAUACGUAACGUUGGACGAGUGCGAAAACGAAGAUGAGAGAUUGAUUCUCGAUGUUUGCAACGAGUCGAUAAAAUCUAUGAAAGAUAUCUUGGAACACGAUUACGAAGAACACGAGUACGCAUCGACGAAUGCCAUUGUCGGUUUAUGCUGCCUUUGCGCCUCCAGCGUGAGAUUUUGCGACAAGGAUUAUCUGACGGACGUUGACGAGGUUGGCAAUAUGACUCCGACGCGGGACAAAAUAUCUCUCGGAAAGACUAUUUAUGCGAUCGUUAUGUAUACCAUCAUACCGCGUCUUAAAAACGUACGCUUGGAUCAAGAGAAUACCAUCAAGUGUUACGACAGUUUUGUUUCUUGUCUCAAUAACAUGUACAAUAUGAGAGAUUUUAAACAAGAGGAUAUAGCUAAUCAUUUAGCAGGAAACGGUUAUUUUAAAUAUUUCUUACGUCUUAGCGCUCAACUUUCGUCGAAAUACUCUUUAUCGAUCGACAAGUUGCCCGAAGGCGUUAAUGUAUUUUCAAGUAGGAUGUUUGAUGGAUUUCUCUCUCUACCGAAUGAUCUCGAACAGUGGACCGACAUAAUUGAGAUUUCCGAUGAUCGUAAUACGGCUUUAAUGAUUUCCCUUUACUAUCAUUAUCAUGCGACCAGGGAACUCGACAUGAUUUCGUUCGAAUCUCUGAUAAAAAGAUUGUUAAAAUUAGAAGACGUUCGAUCGAUAAUCGUACCAAUUCUAAAGCCAUUAUGGUUUUUAUUCGCUGUGUCAUUUUUGUCUCAUCCAUCACCGGGCAAAAACUGCGAGUACGGAAAAGCGGUGAAAAAAUUAACAAUGGCUUUACAAUACUCGGAAUUAAGUCAGUGUUACACUCAUCACAUCGAGCUCUUACAUUUUUCUCUCAAAUGUCCCGAGAUAACGAACGACUUACGAUACAGAGUAAUGGAUAUGUGGCUGAUAGAAUCCGAUGGUGACAUCGCACCUCUCUUGAAGCUCGAUUGUCACAGCGUCGUUAGACAUUGUUUACUGAUUAUAGUACAAAAUGGAAGCCUCGACGGAAGCGUGGUUCGUUUAGCUGUAAAAGGAAUACGUCAAUUGAUGCUGAUUGGUAAUUGCGACGAGAUUGCCGACAUAGUUUGGAACAUGCUCCCAAAUGUUCUCCUAUCCGGCAGUCCAAAUCGAAUUGAACAUAUUAAAGCGGUGCUUGAAUUAUCCAGUAUGUCGGAACCUACUAAUUUAUCAACGCAUACAAUGAAGGUGUGCGCAGACGCUCUCAUAAAAAUGAUUUUAACCGAAGACGUAGAUGUUAAUUUUCAGAAAUUACUUAUAAAGCAGGCGUACAUCGUACUUGUCGCUUCUACGGCACGCAAUUACUUAAAAAGUAAGUGGCACCGAAACGACCAGGCUAAGAUAGAAAACGGUACUAGAAUAUAUAAUACAUAAAUGAAAAAUACAAUUAAAAGGAAAAAUUUUACACUUUAUACAGUUCUUUCUAAGUACAUAAAUGAAACGAGAUUAUUGGAGAAAUUACGCGAUUAUGCGUUUUCCGAAAACGAACCGACAUUAUCUGCAAUAUCAUUGAAAUUUCUCGCUUUCAUUAUUCAUUUUCAAUCACAAUCUUCGAUCGAGUGCGUUAAACCCGUAACGAUUGAAAUACGUGAUUUAUAUGCCCUUUUGUGGAUUAUGGAAAAGUCACGACUGGUUUGUCCGAAUGGCUUGGAAUUUUUACACGAGCUGUUGAGUCAAAACAAUGCAGGAAUGGCUGUAACAUUGAAAAGCGUUCCCUUUAAUGCAGCGGAUAAAGAUGAAAUCACAACGAUUCUAGAUAUUUACGAGAUGCUUCAUAUUAUUCACUCGAAGAGUAUUCCAGCGGAAAGAGAAAUUGUUUAUCAAUGCUUAACCGACGUUCUCAAGUUUUGUCACGUCAAAGUAGAGAAACUGAUGUAUCAUCUAUGCACUGCCAUUAGUAACUACGACCUCGUCAUUGGUAUAGCAAAAACACGUUACUUGUCUUCUCAUUUUCUUCAUUUUGUCACCACGUGGCUUCGCUAUCGAAAGAUAUACAGCGACGAAGAAGUACCAUCUAACUCAAGAUCUUUGUUCAAAUCACCUUUUGACGAAACUAUGGAACAAUUAUCGGAAUAUAUGAAUUUUCUCAAAUCCAAGGACGAAGACGAGGCGUGUACACGAUUGUAUCAUGCGGUGAGUACGAUUAUAUCGCUUCUACAUCGCGUCUAUUUCUUCAAAUAGUAUUCUCCGUCGUUACGAUUUUUAUACAAAUAUCUUUCUUUAGUUAUCAUUCUUCAAAGGUUACAAGAUGACGAACGUUCGUAUCUUUGGAAACGAGGAAGGUGAGGUUUGGAAAUUAUUAUUAAUAUGCUGUGCAAUAUUCUAUUGGUAUUACAGUAGUUUGUGCAUACAAAAAGUAGAAAAAGAUUAUCUAAUGUCAAAU